GAAAGAAGAUUUACAUCAUCUGUGGGACUAUGUUUGGUCCAUGAAGAAGUUGGCUUGAUGAAACAAGUCUGAAGCCUGAGGCUGAGGGUGCAUAUUUAGUUCGGGUCUGCUCGCCCAACCUAUUCGACAUUCGGGAAUCGGCCGUCGCCCCCGAAUUCCAAUCUGCAGCACUCAUCCAAGCAUCUGAUGGGAUUUUCGGAGUCUCUACUGGGCGCCUCCUCCACCACGAUCCUCAUCGGCGCCGCUUGCUUUGCUCUGGGGUACGCCCUCGCCCUCAAGUCUCUCCGUUCCCCAUCUUCCCUCCGCUUCCUCUUCUCCAAGUCCAGGGUGACUGAUGAUCAGAAGACCGCCAAGCAGCAGAAGCCCGCCCUCCUCGAAAUAGAAAACCUCGCCGAUUUUCUCGAAGACUUCAAGAUGGUGUUGGUCGUGAGGAAUGAUCUGAAGAUGGGAAAGGGCAAGAUUGCUGCCCAAUGCAGUCAUGCAACCUUGGGUUUGUAUAAAAAACUCAACAAUCGAGCACCAAAGGCAUUGAACAGAUGGGAAAUGUGUGGGCAGAUCAAGGUGGUUCUGAAAAUCGAAAGUGAGGAAGAUAUGCUAAUACUUCAAGACAGAGCCAAGUCACUAAAGCUACCAACUCAUAUCACCAUUGAUGCUGGGAGGACACAAAUUGCACCAAAUUCGAGGACUGUGAUGGCUAUUCUAGGUCCUGCUGAUGUAGUUGAUGAUGUCACGGGGGGCUUGAAGCUUCUGUAAUUCUGAUUGUCCAGAUUCAAGUGAUAAAUAUGGCAAUACUAGAUCACAAAUGAAUAUAUAAUUUACUUAUCAUUUGAUGGAGAAGUUAUAUGCUGAAGUUUAAAUGCCAGUGGUGAGUACUAAAUACAGCAGCUGCAACAUACAGCUCCACAGGGUCUAAUUUGGCUAACAUGGAGACGGCGCACACCUUAAAUCGGCUUUCUGAUUCUGUUUAUCAGUGGAAGACAUGCUUUGACUAAAAAAUCUGCUGUUUGUUUAUCCUUGCUGAUUGCUUCUCGUGGAGGUGAUUGAUCCAUGAGGUAUAAUACUCUGGCGUGGUUAAUGGGAGUUGUAGUCAAGGUCAGGGAUGAUAUUGCAAUCUUGAUUGGAAAGCAACGCUUUCCUGCCUAAAGAAGAAAACAAUGGAUGUACCUUUUUGUUUUUUUCUUUCCUGUUUCCUGAUAAAGGAAACACUGAUGGAAAGAAAUAUUCAGUUGAAUCUAUAUUUCCA